UUGGCUAUGGAAGCCCUGCGAGCUUUACGUAGCGUCUCCGUGAUCUGGCGGCCGGGGCUGGGGUCUAGCGCACGGCGGAGGGAUGCAGGCUUCGGCACCGAGGCCCGGCGUCGGCCUCAACCUCAACCUCACCGCUCCAGCAAGCGCAAGGACCUAGUGGAGGACCAGCCUUUCCCCGGGCUGCUGCGGGCAGAGAACCUCGGUCUGGAAGAGCUGGCUCAAGUCCUGAGAGCAGCUGUGGUGGAUCAGAAAGGACCUCUGGUGACACUGAACAAGCCACAGGGUCUGCCUGUGACAGGGAGACCAGGAGAGCUGACAUUGCUGUCUGUGCUGCCAUGGCUGAGCCAGGCCCUGGGACUCGAACACCAGGAGCUCCAGGUUGUGCGAGCACCUGGAAAGGAGGCCUCUGGGCUUGUGCUCCUCUCCAGCUGUCCCCAGACAACAAGCCACCUGCAGAAGUUCUUUACCCACUCAAGGAGAGCCCAGAGACCUACAGCCACCUACUGUGCCAUCACUGAUGGUGUCCCUGAGCCUUCUGAGGGGACAGUCCACAUAGCUCUGAGGCUGGAACGAAUGGAUGGCAUUGAUCUUGCAGUCCCAGUGACGUCCCCAUCUCGAAAGGACAUCCAGGAAGGUGUCAAAAGGACCCUCAGCCAUUUCCGUGUGACGGCCACAGGCUGUGGCUGUGCUCUGGUCCAGCUGCAGCCACUGACAGUCUUCCCCAGUCAGCUGCAGGUGCACAUGGCUCUACAGCUCUGCCCAAUUCUUGGAGACCACACCUAUGCGGCUCGCGUGGGCACCGUUCUGGGCCAGCGCUUUCUGUGGCCAGCAGAGACUACCAAGCCCCAGAGACAGUUUACAGGAUAGACAGAAAACUGACUGAGCUGAACAGCGCAAGGAGACAAUCAGAUAAGCCCGAAUGUGGGACAGUGCUACAGGCUGGCCAGCCUGGCCUCCAAAGGAUCAGGACGCCAAGAAGGAACCACUGGAGCCGUCCUAGAUCAAAGGAGAUCAGAGAGACAAAGCUACCAGUGUGACCACCCUGGGUACAAAGUAGCCUCAAAAACAGAUCAGUAACAAAAGACGACUGGGAACAAAGGACGCCUGAAAAAUGCCUGGCUCAAUCUUCCCAGGCACCCAGCCAUUCAGUAUUUUGCUUGUUUAUCCUGAAACAAGGCUUUAUGUAGCCCAGGUUGGCCUCAAGCUCACUAUGUAGCCAAGGAUGACCUGAAACUCCUGAUCCUCCUGCUGCAGCAUCCUAAAUAUCGGGGUCACAGGCUUGUGUUGUCAUGCCUUGCGAAAAUUCUGAUCAAUUUUAAAUGGCAAGGACUUCAUCUUU